GACAAAAGUAGGUGCCGGCGUUGAACGGUCGUUUAAUCAGGGAUCCCUGGCCCUGACGAUCAUGCAACGGCUCGAUUCAGGGCUGGUCCAGGAGAACAAGCAAUAUCGCCCGCCAGGCGUUUGAUCAUGAUGUCUACAGUAGGUUUUAGAGCACGGCUGAGGCGCAAGAAGGCAGGAGCGUUGGCUGCAAAUGUGCUUUGCCAUUCCACAGCAUUGGUCUUCCUGAACUGAAGCUUGUCCACGGGUUGGUGCAGUUGUUCACCGCUGGUCUGCUGGCAGCGGGAUGCUGCAUUUAAAGACCAAGACAUGCUGAAAGACGGCAAGUACUGCUCCCGUCUAACGCAAUACCGAUGAGAGACGUUGAGGAGGUUUGAACAUAGACAGUUGCCUUUGAAAGCAAGAAGAGUCGCCGCCGAGGAUGGGGGGCAGAAAUGGCGAGCCAGGCCUCGAGGCUGAUGUGUGGCUCAAGAGCAUGGCUUCACCAGUGGCCCUUGCAACUCAUGGACGGGACCAAGGCAAGGCCGUCGGUUUCCUCAAGAAGGGCAUGUCCAGGAUGCGAGCAGCGGUGCAGGGUUUUGGCAAGGGGACCCAGGAUGAGGACAAGCAGCCCCUGCUGUCGCCGCACUCACGGGAGCAGCCAGCCAGGGGAGGAUUUGAAAGUGGAAGGAGCUACACAGGAAGAAGACCAACGGGGAGCCAAGUAUCCCCAGCGCCUGAAAAGGAGUCCACCAUCAGACCGCCCGUGCCAAACCGAUUCACCUCCUCGCCGCCCCUGACUAGAGCCCACGCACCGCGCUCUCCCCCCUACCAGCCCACUCGCCCGGAGGUCACUCCCCAACAGCCCCGCUGCCCCACCGGUUCCCGCCUUCCCCUCUCCUCGAACCGCUCAAAAUCGGCGGUGGAGAAGUCGACCCCUCGGACAGGCGUGGAGAGAGCAGGGGCAAACCCCUUCAGGCAGCUGCAGCCCCCCCCUAAGAACCUCAGCACCAAGCAGACCCCCGCCAAGCACGCGCCCGUCAAGCCCACCCCCGUCAAGCCCACCCCCGUCAAGGACACCCCCGCUAGGCGGGAGCUCGAGUUCGGCCACGCUGGGCGACGGAUGGGCAACAAGAAACUGUGCAGCGCGAACGGGGUGGCUGCGCAAGAGGAAGGAGCGACGGUCGGGAAAAAGGGCGCCUCGACAACUCAGGCAACUCCAGGGCCCGCGUCUCCAUCCCACCCCGUCGACCUCGUCCAGCAGCAGAUUGCGCUGGAGACCGCGCUCGCAGAGAACGCGCGGCUGCUCCAGGACAUCGAGCAGCUGCAAACCAAGGUCGCGGCGCAGAGCCACGAGCGCGCUGAGCUGGCAGCGCGCCUGAACCACGUGGAAGUCGCGCGCGCGGGCCUGCGGUCGGCGGCGGACGAAGCCAUUCGCGCGCUGGAAGCCGAGAGCCGCGAGGCGGCCGCGCGGGAGGAGGAGCUGGCGCUGGCGGUCGUCAGCAGAGCGGAGGCUGCAGCGGCCGCAGAAACGAAGGUGGAACUAUCGGAGGCGGCGAGCGCUGUUCAGCAGGAGACUGCGCGCGAGCUCGAGCGCGCUUUGCUGGCGGCGCGCGCGGGCACCACGCCCGCGCCCGUGCAGACUCCCUCGGCGGAGAUUGCGCGCGCGCGCGGCGACAAGAGGGCGGCGACCGACGCGCGCGGACAUUUGCUGCGCACGCCGCAGGAGGUGCACGAGCCGGCGGUCCUGGAGAUGGAGAGGGCAACAGCUGUCAUCCAGAAGCUGCUCGCGAGGCACCAACAACUUGCAAAUGUGACGGACGUAUCCCUGGCCGAGUUGCGCGAGGAAACUGGCGAAAAGUUGCGCGAGGUAGAGCGAGCGCAGCUGCUCAUGACGGAGACAGCGAGCCAGCUCAAGGAGCAGCACGACGCGCUGCUGGCCCGCGCCAAGACGACUUUUUCGUGCCCCCCUUCGCCUUCUUCCCCCUUCGACACCGACCAGCUGGAGAGGGUGCGCGAGAAAGCCGUCGCGCACAGUGCCGGGCUGGAGGACGACCUCGCGCACUGCCGCGUCGCCCUCGCGGCGAAGAAGCAGGAGUGCGCGGCGCUCUCAGCGCAGCUUGCGCAGUUGGAGCGCGAACACGCUGCGCUCCUGCGGAUGGCCGACGAGGCGCUGAGCGCUCUGGAGGAGGGGCGGCCCGCGGCGGCCGCGCAGAGGGCGCAGCUGGCGGAGCGCGCGCGCGAGAGCGAGAGGGCGGCGGCGGCCGCGGAGGCACGGGUGUUGAAGUUGGAGAGCUCGCUAGCCGCUGCAAUCUCCUGGGUUGCCGAACUGGAGGAGGAAGCCGACCGCCUCAAGAUGGUCGAGGCGGCAGCGGCCGCGCAGCUCAAGGCGGAGCGCAUCGCGGCCGCGACAGAACGCGACGCGGCCGCGGCGCGGGAGGGCGACCUGCGCGAGGAGAUUGCGGGGUUGGAGGGGGACAGCGCGCGCCUCCACGAAGAGCUCGACAUGCUGCGCGCGGACAAGUGCGCCCAGACGGCGGUAGUCCUGGCGGAGCAGGAGAAGCUGGAAGCGGCGAGGGAAGAACUAGAGCGGGCGGCGCGCACGGUGGCGGAGCGGGAGUCUGAGGUCCGGGCGGCGAAGAUUCAGGUCAUCAAGCUGACCCGCGAGCUCAAGGAAGCUGCCGCCUUGACCGAGGCCUCUGCAGAGCUGCCAGACGCCACCCCUGACCAAAUUCAGCUGCAACUGUCCGAUAUGAGGCAGCUGGCAACGGACCUUGGGACGAAGGCGAAUGACGCCACGGCGGCCGCGGAGUCGGCAGAGAGGCGGCUGCUGGUUGUCGGGAAUUUCCUGAAGGAACAAUUGAACGAGGAGCGGGAGAAAGCGGCCACACUGGAGAGCGAGCUGCGGGUCAAGAAGGACGAGCUCAAGCGUGCGAAGCAGAGGGUAGAGGAGAUGACCCUUCUGCAGAACAUGUCCGCUGGCGAUCGGGAGGCGAGGUUGCACGACCAGGUCUGCCAUCUCACGACCCAGAUCCAAGUGGCCAAUGAUCACAUCGAGCGGUUGUUGGCUGACCUUCAAGCUCAGAUACCCUCCGCGGCGCCCUUUCUUCCCGACCUGAUUCUCGAGCUGGAGCGGCUCCAUGAGCUGCUCGGUGGCCCCGAAAGCGCGCGCAGGACUGCACUUACUCCACCCAUCGAAGCCUCAACCAAGACGUCCACGGCUGGUAAGCGGGCCAUCUGCCCGAGUGAAGCGGACUUUGCCGAGGCGACAACUGGGUGGGGAGACGGAAGCGGCCCAUCAGAGGCUGCGGCAAGCGGGCAGAAAGAAACCGCUUGCCAAGACGUUUGAAGCGCGUGCAAACAGAAAAGGUCAGAUAUAUAAUACAUCAGCUUUAGCGACAGCCGGCAGAGCCCUCCACCUAGUUUCUAGCUAUAGGAAUACUGGAAGUAGUUUACUUUCUUUAAGCUUAGGAGUACAGUACAGAAGGACUCCUUACAAAAGUUCGUAGAUUUUCCUUUGUAGGCCACCUUUAUAGAAUCGGGACGGUGAUUGAAGAUGAGAGUUUUGUUAGGGUGGGUACCGGAUGAUUCUCGUGAUUCAUGACGGCAGCUCCGGUACCAGGAUAUGACUUACGGUGGUGGACUGCGCGGACAAAUUCCCUCUUGAUUAUGUGCAGUCAUCACUGCUACCGGUAGCAUAUAACCGGCGUUGCAAAGCCUCUUUAACAAUUGACACAAGAUAGUGCUCUGUAAAGUCAAGAAGCAAGUAGACGCGGACGAGCAACCUAAGUUUGAUUCUUUCCUGCAACGAUCAUGGACUUCGGCCGGAUCGACACGCAGGGUGGGCGUGGUGUGAUACCCU